AUGGCGUCGUCCAAUCCAUUCCGCAAGAGUGCUGCCUUUACGGUAGACACUGCUACCUUGUCAAACACAACAUCAUCCGCCGCCGCUCGUUUCCCAGCUCUCGACUCAUUCGAAACGGCAUCUACUCCACCACCUCCGACUAGCUUCCAGCAAGCAGAUGCCUCAGCAAUUGACCACAACUCCAAGGUCACCAAGAAAGUUCGGGUUCUUUCCCCCCCACCACUCUCCCUCGACCCUCCCGAAUGGGCAUAUACAUCGCCUACCCUUGCGCAAUAUUCUGCGAACCAGCAGAGCGAAAACGAUCCUUUCGAUGCAACAUCCACAGAUGACAGCGAUCUCGACAUGGUGGCCGCUGCCCGCAGACAGGCCAUGACUGGCGGUCAGGGUGCGGGAAAUCCUUUCAGUAAGACAAUGAGGGAUCUCGAUUCGCCUAUUGCCGAACAGAAACUCGAGCAAGAGCGUAAAGAAGAAGGACAUGCGCUCAAGGUUGCCAACAAGGCGAAACAAUCCUUGGAUGUCAGCUCUUUCAAGCGGUUACUCAUGACGGGCAAUUCAGAGUCGGACAAGACUUGGGGACUGGCAGAAAAAGAUACGAGAGACCAGCCUUCAGCUCCUCACAGAAGAUCACACGAAGCUCAAGAGGCAUCUCUUAUAUCUCGAGAUGCUUCCGACAUCCCAGAAGAUGAAACUGGUCAAGAGAGUGCUUCUGACUCAAGUGCAUCAGCUCGAGUCAGUUCAAAAAGCAGCAAGAAACCACCACCGCCACCUAGCUCACGGCAUGGAAAGUCGAUUAAGGCGAACUUGGUUGGGAGCCAGACACCCCCAGAAGCUCUUGCGACCUUAUCACCAUCAGAAGUUAACAAGCCGCUUCCGCCUGCUCCCAUCCGAAGAAGUUUGGAUGAGGAAGGGGAGUCACCAUUUGACCGCGAGGCAGCCGGUAAGGUCCCAGGGACCAAUGCUAAUACGGGUACCACAUCGCCAGGACGUUUAGGAGGUGAACGAAAAGCAGUCCCAGCACCACCCCCACGAAGAGGGCAUGCGAGAGCAGAAAGCAAAGCGAAUACUGCGCAUCAAUACCCACAGAACGACGAGAACCUGUCGCGAUCAUCGUCUAUGAGAUGUCGGCCGGAACAUAAACGUCAAAAUUCCCAAGCAGGAGCUCCACCACCACCACCACGGAGGUCUCAUGUCUCAAAGCAUUCCACGCAGUUACCGACGGGUAUGAACUCUAGCCUUGCAGAUCUGAGCCAAUCGUCCUCUUCUCCAGCCCCGUCUCUAGACGUUGACUUGAGUACGACUUCGACUCCAUCACAGCUGCGUCAAGGCUCGACGCUUGACCUGGUCUCCCCUCGAGAUGGGCAGCAUCCAGCAACAAAGUCUUCGGCUCCCCCACCACCACCUGCACGAAACACUUCCGUCAGACGGCCCGCUAGCAUUCGAAGUGUUGAAAGCAGCAGCCGGCGAGUUUCGUUUGAAGCAAAACCGCAUCACCAGAUGGCUCCGCCCCCACCUCCUCGAAGGCAGCGAGGUAGCAGUAGAGGCAGUAUAGAUGGACCAAGAAGGACGAGUUUUGAUAGUGUAGGCAGAGCUGGAUCUAGCCAAGUUCCCGAGGAGGAACAUGACGGAGUGCCAGAGAUGAUUGGUUCGGGUCACACAUCACCAAAGUCAACGAAUGAGCCAGGAAAGAGCUUUGACAUCCUGGCUGAUCUCGACGCACUUCAAAGGGAAGUAGAUGCGUUGAGGGGCAAAUUAGGGUGA